AUGGCCCAAAGACCGUCGCUCCAGCGCUUGAACACAAACAACAGCGUGCACUUUGAUUCUGACGACACCACCAGCACUCCCAGCAGAAUGUACGGCACCCCCGGCGGCGCCCAGACAGGCGUCAGCACUCCGCGCUCCUCCGCCGUUUCACGGCCCCUCACCCUCCAGCAUGGCAGCCUCGACUUCACCUUCUUAAUACCCACCGCCCUCCACUUCAACGCCAACCAGCUGCGAGACGCCUUCCUCGCAACCCUCCCAGAACCUACAGACGAGCUCGCACAAGAUGAUGAGCCCUCGUCAAAUACAGAGCUCGUCGCUCGCUAUCUCGGCUUCGUUGCUCGGGAGGUGGAUGAGGGCGAUGAGCCAGAUUCAUACGCUGAAGUCCUCAAGAUCGUCGUGGCCGAGUUCGAGAGAGCUUUCCUACGAGGCAACGAGGUCCACGCGAUCGCUGCAGGCCUCCCUGGCAUUGUGGAGAAGAAGUUGAUCACCGUCAAAUCCUACUACGCCGCCCGGGCUGCAGCGCAGCGUCCGAUUAGAGCUCACGAAUCUGCUCUGCUCCGGGAGGCGUCGGAUGAGAACGCCUUUGUCUACGCUGUGUUUGGCGGGCAGGGCAACAUCGAGGAGUACUUUGAGGAGCUGAGAGAAAUCUACACCACAUACCCCUCGCUGGUGGAGGACUUCAUUUCGACUGCGGCGGCACACCUGCAGGUCCUGGCUCGCGACUCGCAAGCUGAGAAGCUUUAUGCGAAGGGUCUCGACAUCCUGCGAUGGCUGAAUCACCCCGACUCGCAGCCAGACCUCGACUACCUUGUCUCCGCACCGGUCAGCUUCCCUCUGAUUGGUCUCACACAGCUUGCCCAUUAUGUGGUGACUUGCAGAGUACUCGGCACACACCCUGGCCAUGUACGAGACAGGCUCGCCGGUACAACUGGUCACUCGCAAGGUGUGGUGACUGCUGCAGCCAUUGCAGCCUCUGGCAACUGGGGUGCCUUCGACAAGGCAGCCCGGGAUGCCCUCACCAUCCUCUUCUGGAUCGGUGCCCGUAGCCAGCAGGCCUACCCGCGAACCUCGCUCUCUCCUAAAGUCCUGCAAGACUCGAUCGACAAUGGUGAGGGCUCACCCACUCCCAUGCUUUCCAUCCGUGACCUGCCCAGGUCUGCCGUGCAAAAGCACAUCGACACUACCAACGAGCACCUCCCCAAAGAGCGACACAUCGGCAUCUCCCUGAUCAACAGCGCGAGAAAUUUCGUUGUCACUGGUCCCCCGAUGUCUCUUUACGGUCUCAACCUCCAACUCCGCAAGGUCAAGGCCCCGACUGGUCUCGACCAGACCCGCAUACCAUUCACCGAGCGCAAGGUCCGCUUCGUCAACCGCUUCCUGCCUAUCACCGCACCCUUCCACAGCCCUUACCUCUCGGAAGCGAUCCACCACCUCGAGACCGAUCUCAAGGACAUCCUGAUAAGAGCAGACGACCUUGGCAUGCCCGUGUUCGACACCAACACCGGCGAGGAUGUCCGGGAGAAGCAUGAGAAGAACAUUGUGCCAGCUCUCGUUCGCAUGAUCUGCAAGGAGCAGGUGAACUGGGAAGAAGCGACUGUCAUGCCGAAUGCGACGCACAUUCUGGACUUUGGCCCAGGUGGCAUCUCUGGUCUUGGUGUUCUUACCAACCGCAAUAAGGAUGGCACUGGCGUAAGAGUCAUUCUUGCUGGUACUAUGGACGGCACGAACACGGAGGUCGGGUACAAGCCUGAGAUCUUCGACCGCGACGCAGAUCAUGCUGUGAAGUAUGCCGUGGACUGGGUAAAAGAGUACGGACCGCGACUUGCGAAGACUUCCGUCGGCCAGACUUUCGUCGACACGAAGAUGAGUAGGAUGUUGGGUCUCCCUCCGAUCAUGGUGGCUGGAAUGACGCCUUGCACGGUGCCCUGGGACUUUGUCGCUUCUACCAUGCAGGCUGGCUACGAGAUUGAGCUUGCUGGUGGUGGGUACUACAACGACAAGAGCAUGACCGAGGCGAUUACCAAGAUCGAGAAGGCUAUCCCAGCUGGUCGUGGUCUCACCAUCAACCUGAUCUACGUCAGCCCGAGAGCGAUGGCGUGGCAGAUCCCUAUGAUCGCUAGGCUGCGCGGAGAGGGUGUGCCUAUCGAGGGCCUGACCAUCGGUGCUGGUGUUCCAUCGAUCGAGGUUGCCAACGAGUACAUUGAGACGCUUGGCAUCAAGCACAUGGGUUUCAAGCCAGGCUCUGUCGAAGCCAUCCAGCAAGUCAUCAACAUUGCCAAGGCCAACCCAGGAUUCCCGAUCAUGCUGCAGUGGACCGGUGGACGUGGUGGUGGGCAUCACUCGUUCGAGGACUUCCAUCAGCCUAUCUUGUCCAUGUACAGUCGCCUGAGGAAGUCGCCAAAUAUCGUCCUCAUUGCUGGUUCUGGCUUUGGUGGCGCAGAGGACACCUACCCCUACCUCAACGGAGAGUGGGCGCGCAAGUACGGAUACCCGCCCAUGCCAUUCGAUGGUGUACUCUUCGGCAGCCGAUGCAUGGUUGCGAAGGAAGCGCACACUUCUACCAUGGCGAAGCAAGCCAUUGUCGAUGCUCCAGGUCUUGAGGAUGGCGAGUGGGAGAAGACGUACAAGGGCCCAGCAGGCGGCGUCAUUACCGUGCGCUCCGAGAUGGGCGAGCCGAUCCACAAGCUGGCGACUCGUGGUGUCAAGUUCUGGUCUGAGAUGGACCAGAAGAUCUUCAGCCUCGACAAGGCCAAGCGCAUCCCGGAGCUCAAGAAGCAGCGCGAGUACAUCAUCCAGAAACUCAACGACGACUUUCAGAAGCCAUGGUUCGGCCGCAACAAGGCUGGCGAGUCUGUCGAUCUCGAAGACAUGACUUACAUCGAGGUGCUCCGCCGUAUGGUCGACCUGAUGUACGUCAAGGCCGAGAAGCGAUGGAUCGACAAGUCGCUGGCGAAGUUGACCGGCGACUUCAUCCUUCGUAUCGAGGAGCGCUUCGCUUCUGGCGACGGCAAGGCUGCUAUUAUCCAGAACUACUCGGAGCUCGACGAUCCUUUUGGUACUGUUAAGAGGGUCGAGGAGGAAUACCCAGAAGCCGACAACCAGCUCAUCAAUGCCCAGGAUUGCCAGCACUUCUUGCUUCUCUGCCAGCGUCGCGGGCAGAAGCCUACGCCGUUCGUGCCAUGCUUGGACGAUACGUUCGAGUUCUUCUUCAAGAAGGACUCGCUGUGGCAGUCGGAAGACCUUGCUGCGGUCGUCGAUCAGGAUGUCGGCAGAGUGUGUAUCUUGCAAGGUCCCAUGGCAGCCAAGUACUCCACCAAGGUCGACGAGCCGAUCAAGGAGAUCCUGGAUGGCGUACAUCAAGGCCACAUCAGGAGCUUGACGCAGGAUAUGUAUGCUGGUGACGAGAAGCGGAUUCCAGUUGUUGAAUACUUUGGCGGCAAGCUUGUUGACAUCGAAGCCUCCACCGACAUCACUAGUGAGGGCCUCACGGUGUCUGAGAUCGAGAACAGGACGAUCUAUCGGGUCUCUGCUUCUUCGACGGCGCCGCCGAUUGAUCUUGAGAAGUGGAUGCAACUUCUUGCUGGAAGAAGCCGGACAUGGCGACAUGCCUUCUUCACUGCGGAUGUUUUCGUGCAAGGUCAGCGGUAUCAGACCAACCCGAUGCGCCGCAUCUUCGCGCCGGUUCCUGGCAUGAUGGUCGAGAUCGGCUACCCCAACGACCCAAAGCGGACGACCAUCGCGGUCAAGGAGCCUUCGCAGGGCGCCUCAUACGUGCAGACGAUCGAGAUCGCGCCACUCGCGAAGAACGUGAUCGGACUCAAGAUGAUCGAGCACCGCACCGUCACCGGCAAGCCCGUCGCUCUACCGCUGAUGUUCACCUACCACCCCGAGACCGGCUACGCUCCCAUCCGCGAGGUCAUGGACCAGCGCAACGACCGCAUCAAGGAGUUCUACUACCGCAUCUGGUUCGGUGACGAGGAGGUUCCGUUCGACAAGCCUGUCACUAGCAGGUUCGACGGCGGCAGGGCGAAGGUGACGAGUGAGGCUAUCAACGACUUUGUCCAUGCUGUUGGCAACACUGGCGAGGCGUUUGUGGAUCGUCCUGGCAAGGAGGUCUUUGCGCCUAUGGACUUUGCUAUUGUGGUUGGGUGGAAGGCUAUCACUAAGCCCAUUUUCCCGAGGACGAUCGAUGGUGAUUUGCUGAAGCUGGUGCAUCUGUCGAACGGUUUCCGCAUGCUGCCUGGUGCUACGCCCAUCAAGAAGGACGAUGUGCUUGAUACUUCUGCCGAGGUCAAUGCGGUCAUCAACCAGGACUCCGGCAAGAUGGUUGAGGUCUGCGGAACCAUCACCCGUCAAGGCCAGCCGAUCAUGGAAGUCGUCAGCCAGUUCCUGUACCGCGGCGCGUACACGGACUUUGAAAACACCUUCCAGCGCAAGGUCGAGACGCCGAUGCAGGUGCAUAUCAGCAGCACGAAGGAUAUUGCCAUCUUGCAGUCCAAGGAGUGGUUCAAGCUCGGUGAUACAGAGAUUGACCUCCUCGACCAGACACUCGUGUUCAAGCUGCAGACGCUGGUCAGGUACAAGAACAAGGACGUCUACUCCUCGGUGCAGACGAUCGGUAAAGUCGAGCUCGAGCUGCCGACCAAGGAGAUCAUCGAGAUCGCCUCCAUCGAAUACGAAGCCGGUGCAUCCUACGGCAACCCAGUCCUCGACUACCUCCAACGCACCGGCGCUGCCAUCGACCAGCCCGUCAACUUCGAGAACCCCAUCCCGCUCAACGGCAAGACGCCGCUCAUCCUCAAGGCUCCGUCGUCGAACGAGACGUACGCUCGGGUGUCGGGGGAUUACAACCCCAUCCACGUCUCGCGCGUCUUCUCCAAGUACGCCAACCUCCCCGGCACCAUUACCCAUGGCAUGUACUCCAGCGCCGCCGUGCGCUCGCUCGUCGAGACCUGGGCGGCGGAGAACAACGUCGGGCGCGUGCGGAGCUUCCACGCCUCGCUUGUGGGUAUGGUGUUGCCGGACGACACGUUGGAGGUGAAGUUGCAGCAUGUUGGCAUGAUUGCGGGCAGGAAGAUUGUCAAGAUUGAAGCGAGCAAGAGGGAGGGUGAGGAUGAGGAGAAGGUGUUGCUCGGGGAGGCGGAGGUCGAGCAGCCAGUGAGCGCGUAUGUGUUUACCGGACAGGGCAGUCAGGAGCAGGGGAUGGGAAUGGAUUUGUAUAAUUCGAGUGAGGUGGCGAAGGAGGUGUGGGAUCGGGCGGAUAAGCACUUUAUGGAUAAUUAUGGCUUCGCGAUCACCAACAUCGUCAAGAACAACCCCAAGGAGCUGACGAUCCACUUCGGCGGACCCCGCGGCAAGGCCAUCCGCCAGAACUACAUGUCCAUGACCUUCGAGACGGUCGCCACCGACGGCUCCAUCAAGUCAGAGAAGAUCUUCAAGGAAAUCACCGACGAGACGACAUCUUACACCUACCGCUCCCCGACCGGCCUCUUGUCCGCUACGCAGUUCACGCAGCCCGCACUGACGCUCAUGGAAAAGGCCUCCUUCGAGGACAUGCGCGUCAAAGGCAUCGUGCAGCGCGACUCCAGCUUCGCCGGGCACUCCCUCGGCGAAUACUCUGCCCUCGCCGCCCUGGCCGAAGUCAUGCCCAUCGAAUCCCUGGUCUCGGUCGUCUUCUACCGCGGCCUGACGAUGCAAGUCGCUGUCGAGCGCGACGCGGCUGGCCGCAGCAACUACAGCAUGUGCGCCGUCAACCCCUCGCGCAUCAGCAAGACGUUCAACGAGCAAGCCCUGCAAUACGUCGUCGAGAACAUUGCCGAAACGACCGGCUGGCUGCUGGAAAUCGUCAACCUCAACGUGCAGAACAUGCAAUACGUCUGCGCCGGCGACCUGCGCGCGCUCGACACCCUGACCAACGUGACCAACUACCUCAAAGCGCAGAAGAUCGACAUCCAGCAGCUGAUGCAGACGCUGAGCAUGGAGGACGUGAAACAGCACCUUGUCGAAAUCAUCAAGGAAUGCGCCAAGCAAACGGAAGGGAAACCCUCCCCCAUCGAACUCCAGCGCGGUUUCGCCACCAUCCCGCUGAAAGGCAUCGACGUACCGUUCCACUCCACUUUCCUGCGCUCGGGCGUCAAACCUUUCCGCAGCUUCUUACUGAAGAAGAUCAACAAGACGUCCAUCGACCCGGGCAAGUUGAUUGGGAAGUACAUCCCCAACGUCACGGCGAAGCCGUUCGAGUUGACCAAGGAGUAUUUCGAGGAUGUGUAUCGACUGACGAAUUCUCCGAGGAUUGGGAAUAUUUUGGCGAAUUGGGAGAAAUAUGAGAGUGAUGAGGUGAUGGCGAGGCCGCGGGCGGGGAGUACGGUUGUUAGGGGGGAGUAG